ACAUUCCGAUCGCAGCUUGGGCACACGUAACGGCCCGCGUAGUGCGCAUGCUGUUAAUAUCGCCGCCAUCUUGUGCAACGGCUUUUAUUUGGCGACUGUGCUUCGUGUUGAGCGCGGUGUACUUACGUUCUCAAGUUAAUUGUGAAUUGCGCACUUGGUGACUCAGUUAACCUAUGUUUUGUGUUCAUAUUGACAAAGCAACGCUAUACCAUCAUACCGCUUAAAAAGCUUAACUAUAGUGCAAUUAGUGAUUUUAAAACAACGUGGGUGUGAUAUUCUUUCUUUCAAUGUUUUUUACACGUUUACGUUCAGGAUCAGUAAGGAUACUACAAGUAACAUGGCUCGAGUUGUAAUAUAUGAGAGACCUGUAGAUGCCAUCCAUACGAAGACCCAUAUAGGUCAAAUAUCCGCUAUAGAAAUCCAGAAUGGAAUGAAGAUUAAAGAAGAACCUAUCGAUGCAACAAUGGAUGAUAACACAACUGACAAUUAUAAGUUUUUAAGGAGUCGUUCUAAACGAUCUGAUGGCGGCAAAUCAUUAUUAAUAAAAAAGAAUGAUGUACUGUGUAAAUGUAUAAACCAUAAAACAGAAGAUUGUGUAGAUGAUAAUCGUUCUAAGUGUUCGGAUGAUUCUGGACUAACUAACACUAUUAAUCUGAAACGCAAACGAACAACUGAAAAAGAACAUGUACGUAACAUUUUGCCAGUACUUAGAAAAAAACGAAAACGUUUUGAUGUCAUUCGUUAUGGCUAUACUAAUACUAAAUCGACUAAAGGACGAGCGAAGAACGAAGAAAGAGAGCAACCUGUUAUGCCAAAAUCAAAUAUUGCGCGCAAUACAAAUAAUAAAAGAGGAACCAAAUGUAACGUGUGCUUCAUAAACUUCAAGAGUUCUCGAAACCUUCAGCUGCAUCAGCUAUACUUUUUGAGAGUUGGAACAUUGAGAUGCAAGUUUUGUAGCAAACGUUGCAAAUCGCAAGCAGAACUAUAUUUACACGUCAUUUUGUGCCACAAAAAAGAGCCAGAACAAUGUUGCAAAAAAUACUGUCAUUUUUGUAAUCGUAGUUUUAAAAAAAAACAUUAUUUACAAUCUCAUUUGUUUCACGUACAUGAUGAGUUAAUAUAUUCAAAUAAAGCAAUUGAAGUCGAAAAAUCCGCAGUCGUCCUUAAAAAUACGUCUUGUAAAAAUACCUCGAAGAAUUCCGUACAUGAAGAAUCACGUUUAAAUAAUCUUGAUGAAUCCAAAGGAUUAAGUACCAUUCUUAUAAAUAAGAGUUGUAAACAAUCUUCAGAUGAUGGCACAACAAAGAUGGAUAAAUUAAUUGAUCAGCAAUCCAAUCAAGAAACAUUACUUACAAAAAAAUUACGACAGCCAACAUUAAAUGAAUACAUCGAACUUUGCAAGAAAAAACGCGAUACUAAAGAUGAUCUACAGCAAUUACACAUUAUGAAAGACGGUUUAUCUACACAUGCUUCAAGUCAUAACGAACAAUUAGAAAAUCUGAAACCAAAACUUUUAAAAGAGGCGAUACAUAAUGGACAAAUCCAUACCUCGACUGAAAAAUUCAAUAAUAAUUUAGAACAAAUAACAUAUGCUUCCACUUUUGAACAAAGUGAAAAUUCUUGUGAAGAAUGUCCUACCAAAGAACCUUUUGUAAAAUUACAUGCGGAUGUUGAAAUGAUGAAGUGUUUUCUGGAGAAUCUUCCAGACGCAAAUGUUGAAAGUGAAAAGUUCCAAGAUCAAAUAAAAAACACAAUGUUAUCUGAACACGACAUUCCCUAUAGUUUACGACCUACGAGGGCUAUUCGUUUUUUGGGAUAUUUAAAUAAAAAGAACUUUACUUUUCUUAAGAAAUCUCAACUUGACUUGAAAAGCAAUACUAAAAUGGAACAGCAUGCAAAUGGUGUGGACAAAGCAGAUUUGGAUUCUUCAAAAAUUACUAUGACUCGUCCUAAAUUUAAGGAUUGUACAAUUACUUUGAAGAGAUGUGAUGAAAAGCUAAAAAAUCAUCCUGAUUCUACAACUCAGAUUACGUUUGAGCAAGACUUGAUUUCCCCAAUUACUGAGCCAAACUCUACAUUUCAAAAGAAUGAUGUGAAAAAUAAUGUUGUACUCAAAGAAUUGGAAAUUUCUUUAGAACGCUUAAAAACUGAACAAGCUGAAGAUAAUCUGGAAACAGACAUCGAGAAACAAGAUGAUGACAAUUGCUUUACCUGUAAACUCUGCGAGAAGAGCUUUCCAACAAAAAUAAACAGACGAAUGCAUAUCAAGGAAUCUCAUAUGGCAUACAUGUCAAGCAUAUGCAACGCACGAUAUACGUUGAAACAUAAAUUGCUUCAACAUUAUUUGCGCGAACAUACAUUCAAAGCAAACGAAUGUUGUGUUUGUAAUGUAUUAUUAUCCGAUACUGCAGAGCUGAAACAACACUUAAAUUAUCAUUGUCUGAAAUAUUUCCAAAACAAAGAUGACCAAUAUCCAAUAAAUAUUGAUGUAAAUUGCUCAGAAAAAGGAACUUACACUUGCCUUAAAUGUAAUGAGACAUUCUCGUCCCAUUUAUUAUGGUCAGUGCAUGAUCGUUAUUGCCCAAUACAAGAAAAAGUGGAUGAAGUUCAGAAGGAUUCUACUACGGAGACGAAUACUUUAGAAGUCACUCUUCAAAGUAACACUCUCAAUCGCAACGAUGUUGAUACAAACACGGUUAUACACAAUAAAAAUAUUCAACAUGUCUCACAUGAGCUUCCAAAUAAUAAGCGCGUGGAAGAACCGGACACGAUUCGAAUAGUGCCAGUUAAUGAAGAGCUAAGAAAUAACGAAAAAGAUAUGGAAAUAAUCGAAGAACCUAACAUUAUUGAAGAGAAUUUGAAAAUUAAUGAAAAUGAUGAAAAUUUUUUUGGUAGGAAAACAAUUUUUAUCGUGGAAAAUAUUGGAAUCUCCAAAGAAUUACAGAAGCCUACCAAACAUCCACAAACUGUUAAUCCUCCAAUCGUUAAUAAUUCCAUAAUCAGUGACCAAGAUACUACAAGUGUCUACAGUCUACAGUCGAAUUCUACUGAAUCAAAUGUUAAGACGUAUCCAUGUGAUAUAUGUGGAAAGCGAUUCCAAAAUCAGAAGAACUUAGAGCAACAUAUACGCAGUUUCAGUCGUGUCACCGAGUUUUGUCCACUAUGUAAUACUGCAUUCAGUUCGAAACGUUAUCUACAAUCGCACAUUGCCGCGGCACAUGUACCACAAUUGUCAAAGAAUUAUGAUUUUCACUGCGUAUUUUGUAAUCAAGGUUUCGUUAAGAAAUAUGAUCUUCGACCACACGUGUUGCAUCUGCACGGCCGACAGAUGCUCGAAACAAUUAUGCCCAAUUUCCGUAAUACUCCAGGAAAAGAUGACGAAUCAAAUAACGGUAAUGCAACGUGCAGUGUGUGCAACUUAGCAUUUGAGACUCUUGAUCGUUAUGUAGAACAUAGAAUGUAUUAUUACAAGAAUCACAAGUUUACAUGCUCCAUCUGCUCGAAAGAUUUUGAAGGCAUGUAUAUGUAUCAUCAUCAUAACAAGCUUAAUCACUAUCCAGAGGAUAAGCGUAAAUCCUAUAUUUAUACCUGCAACAUAUGCAAAGAGGGAUUCAAUCACGAGUUACAUUUUUAUUCACACAACAUGCAUGUUCAUCCUGAUGAAGCUAAUUCAGCUGAAAUUGUGCAACAAUCUACAAGAUAUGCUCAGUCAGUAAAUAAUAUGGAAGGAGAUGAACAAGUUAUAGAUUUGUCUAUGAAUCAACAAAACAAAGCUCAACUAUCGUCCACUGACUACAUUUGCCAGAUUUGUCAAUUUAAAUGUAAAAAUGCUGAUGACUUGAAGAGUCAUAAAUUAUUCUACGCCAACGAUGGUGAUUUUAAAUGUAAUCUUUGUAACAGAUUAUGUAGAACUCGCAACGUGCUUGAUCAGCACAAGAGUUUUACUCAUAUCUGUCGUGAUGUCUAUAAUGAACAUAUGUGUCAACGUUGUAAUGAAAUAUUGCCAUCGAUUACUUCAUUGAGAUGCCAUGAAAAACAUUUUCAUGCUAAUUUAGUUUCAUAUAGUAAUACAAAUAAUUGUAAAUACUGUGGUCAGACAUUUUCUUCAAGUACUGAAUGCAAGGAGCAUCAAUGUAAAUCUACUAGUAGUAAAACCAAGGAGAAAUACAUAUAUCGUUGCUUUUACUGUGAUAUGAAGUUUGUUUCUCUUGAAACGAUUCAUAAGCAUAUUCUUCAGGCUCAUUUUAGUAAGAUCUUCGUUAAACAUGUUGCUUCAAAUCUGGAACUUCCCUCUGUUAGUAACGAUAAAAUUCAGAAGAAAACUAUUCUGGACUUGGUAGACCAAGUAGUAGUGUCUAGGAAGAACAUAAUUCAAUCUUUUCAACAAUCUUGUAAUGGUCAGAACAGUAUUUCGAUUAUGCAGGAUACACAAGAUAAAGUUGCUAUUGAACCAACACCAGAAGCUCUCAAAGCUUUAUUCCUAAUAGACGUUGAACCUAAGCAGAAGACUCUAAAUUCUACAUCAACGAUUAAUGGAUCUGAAGCCACAACGAUGAACUGCAACAUAACCACAACGAGGGAAGUAGAACAGAAUAAUCAAUCUAAAGCUAUCACUCCAGUUCCUACAUCCACUGAAUCAACUGAUAUAUCAACAAAAAAUCAUAGUUUAUCUGAUUCCUUCAACAUAUCUCUGGAGCAAAUGUUAGAUGGGCACUCGAUUUUCUCAACUGGAUCUGCUGACAAAUCUAAAGCAACUUUUACUAAUGUCCCACCUAAAUCAAGUAAUAUAUCUAAUACUCCUGUUACCGCAGCUCCUAUUCCUAGAAAUGAAGAGAUUAUAUUACAGAACUGUGUGUCAGUAAAUAAUACUACUGAUUAUUCUUGUCCAUUAUGUCCGUUACAAUAUCCGUCUUUAAUGUAUUUCCACGCUCAUUUGAGAUACGCACAUUCAGAUUUAAUUCGAAAUGAUUUGAUUUAUCCACAAUUGGAUCAAUUAUCCGAGAAGAUUCCUGUAAUAGAGUGUUUAUUGUGCCCACGUAUCAGUACUGACGAGAAAAGGUACAAGAGGCAUUUGCGUCACUCCCAUUCAUCUCACAUGUAUCUCACAAAUUUUAAGGAGACUAAGAAGAUCGUUGAUGCGAGCAGUUCCUUAACAACACAAACAAACAGUAAUAACAAAACCAUAACGCCCGAAGUCAUCACCGUGGAAGAUGACGAUGAUGAUGGCAAAAAUUCCUUAGUUGAGCGAGCAGCUGCUGAAACAGCCGUAGAGAAAACUACCUGCGCUCCUAGUACAGGGAAUGAAAAUGUUGGUAAAUUGAAAGUGAAGUCUUUUGCAAAAAUUAUCGAGAAUUUAGCUAUUGAUCGUGCAAAGGAAUUAUUAAAUAAACCCAACUAAGCAGCAACCACAUUCCUAUGAAAUAGUUGAAUAAUUUGAUCCCGACAAAUAAAGUAGUAACAAUGCACAUGCAUUUAUUUCAAAGAAUACGAUCGAAUUUUCAUGAUUUUAACUGAAAAGGAAACAAUGCGAAAAAACGACAAGUUAGAUGGAUGUAGCAGUAAAGGGAGACUGAAUUUCGAAGCUCUUACGAUAACGCUCUACAACAAAUAAAGAAACAAAUUCAGUAGCAUAGACAUAUAAUAUAUCUAGACUGUACGUUCUUUUAAAUUUCAAGAGGAAUAGAAAAGGCAGUUGCUAAUCUGAGCCUUUAUUUUCGAAAAUUUGUGAAAAAUAUCGUAUAUAUUUCAUCAAUAGAGCAAUUUAAUUGGCUGAGAGUCGUAAUAUCUAUUGACAUUUAUGAAAUAACAUAU